AUGAUAUUGCAUUUCCUGCUCAUGCAUCUGUCGGAUAAGCUGUUUGGAGCCUGCCGCUCCAGCCGGAGAUUGUUUCUUUCCUACAUCAUGGUAGUCACGGUGUCUCUGUCUUCAUCUAGACGUGCUGGCCUAUGUUGCACUAACUGCCACACGACCAAUACCACCCUCUGGAGAAGGAACGCCGAAGGGGAGCCUGUCUGCAAUGCCUGCGGGUUGUACAUGAAGCUCCACGGGGUACCACGACCUCUGGCCAUGAAAAAGGAAAGCAUCCAGACGAGGAAAAGGAAGCCUAAAAACAUUACCAAAGGCAAAACCUCAACAGGGUCUACAACUUCGGCCACUAACUCCCCUUCUUCCAUUACAAACUCAGACAGCACGGUCACUUUAAAGUCAGAGCCCAGCACGACCUCACAGUAUCCCGGACAAACCAUAGUGUCGGUGUCCCAGGCACAGAGCCAGUCAGACGAGGCACUGGCCGGCAACCACGAGUUCAAAUUCGAGCCCGAGGACUACACCUUCUCCCCCACCACCAUGGCCUCGCAGCCCGGGCUGAGUGUGCCACUCCGGCAGGACUCCUGGUGUGCCCUGGCGCUCGCCUAGAAACCCCCAACAUCCAGCAAAAAGCCUCGGGACCAACGUUUUUGGCUGGCCCUGCAAACGGCUGAUGAGCAGGAGGCCAGGCUGCCCCAGCACUUCGGGACUGCGGGGUGUCAAGCUGUGGCUGCAGGACAGGUUUCUCUUGGAGGAUGCGUGUGGAAAACGUUGGCUGGACGGGGCCGGGAUGGCCCCGCUGUGGCACCAGCUCCCCAAAAAGUUCAUCCUUGGCUGGAGUGACGCAGGGGUGCCUCCCCAAGGCCGGAGCCCCGGGGUUGCCUCUGUUUUCCCAGGGAAAGCCUUCCUCCUUUGAGAUGAAACCAGCAAAUAAAUGC